GGAAUACGUAGCUCACGUCUGCGCAUGCGUGAGGCUGGAGGAGGCGGUGAGGUCCCGGUCUUGAGGAGUUUCUCGGCGGGAUUACUCUCACUCUCAGCACAGUUUCCGCAGGGAUGGCCUACCGCGGGCAAGGGCAGAAAGUGCAGAAGGUGAUGGUGCAGCCUAUCAACCUCAUCUUCAGAUACCUACAGAACAGGUCCAGAAUUCAGGUGUGGUUGUAUGAGCAAGUAAAUAUGCGAAUAGAAGGCUGCAUUAUUGGAUUUGAUGAAUAUAUGAAUUUGGUUCUGGAUGAUGCAGAGGAGAUUCACUCCAAGACAAAAUCAAGAAAACAGCUGGGUCGAAUCAUGUUAAAAGGAGACAAUAUUACUCUUCUACAAAGUGUUUCUAACUAGAAGUGGCUAUCCAGUGUGUUGUGAUUGUUAUUUGAAACUUUAAACCUGCAGAAGAAAAAUGUGAUGGAUGCUGUCACUUGCAAUUUUUCCCCUUGUGAUUUUGAGAAGAGAGAGGAGAAUGGAGCCAGUUUCUUAGUACACACUUACAUAAUUGGGGAUAACAAUUUUUAAAAUAUUUUUGUGGACCAGUAGUUGUUUAUAAAUAAACAUUUUUGUUAAUACA